CAGCUCUCACCCCAGAGUUUCACCGCGAUUGAAUGCUUUGAGCCUGCCAAAGGAAUCCAGAGAUUCGUUAAGAGGCUAAGAAUUUUUUUAAAAAAGCACUUGGGCACUGGUGGAGCAGGUCUAAAUGAGAGGCUACAAAAAGGAAUUACAGAUACAGUGUAACUGAUGACUGGUAAAUGGUGAGGAGGGAAAUGCCUGCAGUGAACUGCAGACUAGACCACCACACUGAGAUUCUUCUUCUAGAAGAUAAGAUUUUUGAGGGGAGAGGGUGGUGAUUCCUGUAAACUGUGGUUUGAAAGGGGCUGCCCAAGUGGGUGAUUAUUUUCAGCAUGUUAAUGGGCUGUAGAUAGAGGGAAGGCAGAAUCUAAAUCAAACCUAUUCAAACCUUAAUUCUUUGAAAAGUGUGUGUUUAAAGACCAUUUGACUGCCAAAAGAGGUGUGUGUUGGAGGGUUGGGGACAGCGAUGUCGCCUUUAUAUCAUACUUUAAAAAGGGGAGGGUGUGUCCAGGAGCUUAAGAGCAAGUAAAACUGUGCAAGGUAUUCCCUGCCUCUCCUCCAUUUCUCCAGACCUGCAAUAGCAAGGGCAUAUUGUACGUCUUACAGUGAAACAACAUAAAAGGUCCUUUCAGUUAACUAACUUGUUAAUUUGUUGGAUAUACCUGGUAAUAUCAGUAAGAAAUGGUUCAGCUGCCAUUAUAAAGACGUUCCCAAAAUCUGGAGUUCCAGUGUAAUUCAUCCAGAACUUAUUCUGAUAUGAAAUGGGCAAGGAUCUCUCUACCUGACUCCUCCAAAACGUUCUGUUACUACUUAAAAGCCCUUUUGUUACUCUUACCCUCACCUACAGUUAAGUUUCUUUAGGAAAUAAGAUGAUUUCAAACAUCUAAAACAUACAUACCCCAGGCCAGUGAAAUCAAUUUACUAGGCAAGUUAAUUUUUUCUUUAAAAGAAACACUUAAACCGGAAUUUGAUCCCCCUAACAAGUUUAUCAGCUGCAGUAAGUCAACUUUUGAUGGUUUUUUGAGAUGAAUGAAAGCAAAAGAACUUGCUGAAAAGCUCAUUGGGAAUAUUGCAGAUGACCUUAGUAAAAUAUAGGUUGUCACCUGAUAGAUUGGAACACAAAUUAGAAUAAUUUAAAACUUGUUUAGUGAUUUUUUUUUUUUUUAAGCUGGUAUGCAGUGGAGGGGAGGAGGCAAUUCUGAGGGGUGAGGUAGGUGGUAUAGUUCUAAAAAGUAUACAUUUUUAUUUUUAGAAAACUGUCAUUUUGUUACAUAAACUACACAAAGGGCUUGCAAUGCUUAUAUUUAGUCUGUGGAAGGGAGAUGGGUUUUGAAAAGGUUGAGAAACACUGAUUAGGUUAUGCAACGGUCAACAGGAAGAUUGGCAGGCUUAGUUCAUCUUGAGGGAAGCAACAUACCUCAGUGACCUAUAGGACAAGGUUUUGUUCUCUGAUUCAAUAGAAGCCCACUAGUGUUGCUUUCAAAGCAACAAUGAAAUCAUUUCCUUUCUGUCAUUUUUUAUCCCCUGGGUCACAGGCGGGGAGGAUGGAGAGUGAACGAGAGAGAUUAGAGUCCGACCUGCAUGCCUAAGCAGUAGUGUCCUUUGAGGAGGAUCUGUGUCACAUUGUGUAAAAUAUAAGAGCUUUCACGUUGAGAGGGGUCUGAGCUCCUUCCUUUAAGACACAUGCUGUAAGAUAGAACUGGAUAACAGUGCCACAGGUGGGGGGCACUGGGUGAGAUCAUCUGAUAGGGAAAGAGGACAGCCAGGAAAUGUUUAAAUCAGUGGGGCUCUGCUUGCCUUUAGAGCCUUGAGGAGGCAUUUCCAGGCAGCGCUGCCUCAAUAUUGGCUAGCCUGACUGGGUUUUCUGUGGCUUCCAGAGGACCUGCCAUUCACACGGUGGAGGCUCCUGUGGAGGUUGCAUGUCUCGGCUUUUGCUGAUUGAUUGGUGGUGUGUCCAACAUGCAAGUGAGCAAGCGGUGAAAAGCAGCAGAGCUGAUGGGUUGUGAGGAUGUGAAUGGGUUUGAAGGCUUCCACACCCUCUACUCCAGGACAGAAUCAUGAAUAAACUGGAGGAUAAGCAGGACCAGAUGAUACCAUGAAGAGAAGUUUACAGGCCCUCUAUUGCCAACUGUUAAGCUUCCUCCUGAUCUUGGCACUGACCGAAGCUCUGGCAUUUGCCAUCCAGGAACCAUCUCCCAGGGAAUCUCUUCAGGUCCUCCCCUCAGGCACUCCCCCAGGCACCAUGGCGACAGCACCCCACAGCUCUACCAGACACUCCUCCGUGGCGACGCUGACCCCCUAUCCCGAUGGACCCUCCGCACAGGCCACUGCUCCCAUGGCAACAACGACACCCCGUCCAGAUGGGCACCCUCCUACAGACUCCCUCUCCACCACCGUGGCAACAGCAACCACCCUCCGUUCUGAAAGCCCCCUGCCCACGGGCCCCCCUCCAGCUGCCCUGACAACCACAUCCUCCCGCUCAGAGGGCCGCCCGCCAGGAGAGGCCACCCCCACCAUCCUGCUGGCAAAACCAUCGGGAGCCACCAGCCGCCCCACCACAACACACCCAAGGGCUGCCACGCGCAGGCCCCCCAGGCCCCCCGGCUCUUCCCGAAAGGGGGCUGGGAGUUCAUCUCGCCCUGUCCCACCAGCCCCCGGUGGCCACUCUGGCAGGAAGGAAGGCCAGCGGGCACGAAAUCAGAGCUCCACGCAUCUAGGGCAGAAGCGGCCCCUGGGGAAAAUCUUUCAGAUCUACAAGGGCAACUUCACAGGGUCCGUGGAGCCAGAGCCCUCUGCCCUCACCCCCAGGACCCCGCUCUGGGGCUACUCCUCUUCACCGCAGCCCCGGACAGUGAUCGCAACCACGGCACCCAGCAGUACCUCGUGGGCACCACCCCCCACCACCCUGGUGCCUGCAGAGGACAAGCCAGGCCUUCACAGAGCAGCCCCAGGGGGUGGUUCCACUGUCACCAGCCAAGGAGGGGAACUGGACACCACAGCAGCCUCAGGUGCCCCUGCCAGUCCACGACCUGACCCAGUGCCUUCUCAGCGCCCCCGUGACCACCCUCAGGGCAGCCCCAGCCCCAGUGACUCAUGGCCUACUGUCACCCCUAGCACCAGCAGCCCUCUGUCUGCCAGUGCUGGGGCCUUCACAGCUGCCACGGGGCCCACCCGGGCUGCCUUCGAUGCCAGUGUCUCAGCCCCUUCCCAGGGGAUUCCUCAGGGAGCAUCCACGACCCUGUGGGCUCCAGCCCACCCCCCCGGGGUCUCAGAAAGCACUGUUUCUCGAGCCAGGGAGGAGGCUGUGGCCACCCUCCCCAUGACCGACAGGGUGCCCAGUCCUCUCUCCACAGUGGUGUCCACAGCCACAGGGAACUUCCUCAACCGCCUGGUCCCCGCCGGAACCUGGAAGCCUGGAACAGCAGGGAACAUCUCCCAUGUGGCCGAAGGGGACAAACCCCAGCACAGGGCCACCAUCUGCCUGAGCAAGAUGGACAUCGCCUGGGUGAUCCUGGCCAUCAGUGUGCCCAUCUCCUCCUGCUCCGUCCUGCUGACCGUGUGCUGCUUGAGGAGGAAGAAGAAGACAGCCAACCCAGAGAACAACCUGAGCUACUGGAACAAUGCCAUCACUAUGGACUACUUCAACAGGCACGCCGUGGAGCUGCCCAGGGAGAUCCAGUCCCUCGAGACCUCCGAGGACCAGCUCUCAGAGCCCCGCUCCCCUGCCAACGGGGACUACAGAGACACCGGGAUGGUCCUCGUCAACCCCUUCUGUCAAGAAACACUGUUUGUGGGAAAUGACCAAGUAUCCGAGAUCUAACUGCAGCAGCCUUCGCUUUGCCAUUCCCUAUUUUUCGUCUCUAAAUUAUAAAUAUACAAAUAUAUAUAUUAUAAAUAUAACCUUUGUGUAACCCUGACUUAAUGAGAAACAUUUUCAGCUUUUUUUUUUCCUAAAAAUUGUCAACAUCUUUUUUAUAAGUGUGGUUUAAAAAAAAAAGAAAACUUUACAGAAUGAUCCGUGGCUUUAUAAAAUAAAGGUAUUUCUAAGCAAA